UUGCUGAUUUCACUUUUAUAAAAUCGAAAACCCACUCAUGCUCGUGACUCUGCAAUAAACCCUCUACCAAACUCCACUUUCUAGCUUCGUGAACCCCAAAAAAACCCACGCGAAGGAGCCGAUAAAGGGGAGCUACUGCUACAGUCUACAUAGCAGUCACGAAACCCUUCUAGUUAAAAGAUUUCAAAAAAAUGUUUCUCAAAGUACAAUUAAACUGGAACGUGGUAAUCCCAGCUGAAAGCCUAGACAUCAAAGGGCUAAUGUUACAAAAAGCCAUUCUCAUCCGCCUACUCGAUGACUUCUCCACCAAAAGAGCCACCAAAGACCUGGGCUACCUCCUAGCGGUAACCACCCUGGACAAGAUCGGAGAAGGCAAAGUCCGGGAACAUUCCGGCGAUGUUCUUUUUCCGGUGACCUUCACAUGCCUCUCUUUCAAGGUGUUCAAGGGUGAGAUUGUUGAAGGGGUUGUUCACAAGAUCUUGAAACAUGGUGUUUUCAUGAGGUGUGGGCCCAUUGAGAAUCUUUAUUUAUCGAAUCAAAAGAUGAGUGAUUACGAGUAUCAGAUUGGGGAGAGUCCGUGUUUUUUGAAUAUGAAAACGGGGUCGAGGAUUGAGAAGGAUGUGGGGUUGAGGUGUGUGGUGAUUGGGGUGAAGUAUAUGGAGGCCAUGAAGGAGAUUCAAGCGGUUGUUGGGUUGGAAGGGGAUUAUUUGGGUCCGGUUUAGGAAUAAUUUGGUAAAAUAAAGUUUAAGGAUGAUGUGGAUGUGGAUGUGGAUGUAAUUUGGUAGGAAGGUUUGUUUGAUUUGAAAUGUAUUGUUGUGGUACUUUGGAUUUGGUGUAGGUUGUUUAUAGGUUUGGUUCAAGUUUGGAUCGGUAUCAAUUUGGACCAUGAAGUAAUUAGAUGUUUUUGGUCCUUUUAAUUUGGAAAAUAUAAAAUCUAAAUUUUAAGUUUUGAAUA